UCCGACCUGGGCGAAGCUCCAUUUAUAUCAGGUGGUGAAAUGGGCAGCGAGGGCCUAAUUAACAGUGGACUAGUGUCCGCCGGGACAUUUCGCGGGAAAGUUGGUCUUGAAGACUUCGACCUUUUGCGUGUGAUCGGCCGUGGAAGCUACGCCAAAGUCUUCCAAGUGGAGCAUCGCCCCACGAAGCGUGUGUAUGCGAUGAAAGUGAUUAAAAAGGAGAUAAUCAGCGAGGAUGAGUUACCAUUUUGUUAG